AUGAAGUUCUCCGCCUCCACCAUCCUCCUGGCCGCCGCCCUGGGCGUGUCUGCCCAUCCCCACGGCGCUGUCCACAACCAUGUUCACCGCGAUACCAACCUCGAAGUCCGCGACCAGUUUGUCAAGAACGUUAAGCCCACCUCGACCGUCUUCAAGACUGUUACUGUUCCAGCUGUGAACGCUCUUCAGGCACCAACCAGCUCAAGCUCCGCUGAUGUUGCCAUCGCCGCCAAGACCUCCUCCUCCUCGGCUGCCGCAACGACCACUGCCAGCAGUGGUACUAUUGGCGGCAGUGGCAGCUGGACGGAUGAUUUCUGCACCGGAACCAGCAAGCGUGGUUCCGUAGCCGACAACGCCUAUUCUGGAAACACUGGCAGCACCACGUACGGUUGCAACCUCAAGUUUGUUGAGGAGAGCGCCGCCAAGAACUAUCAGUACAUUACUGUCCUUGAGAACGCCGCCAGCGAGAAGCAAGUUUGUGCAUGCUUCCUGAAGGCCGGGGCUGAUGGCAAUCCCUUCGGGGGAUUCUGGAAGGGUAAACAAGCGCUUGACUUUGAGCUCGCCCCUGGUGCCAAGAAGUAUCUGGCUGUCCAGGCUGCCACUAUCGGUGGCUGCUCUUGCGGCGUCGGUUCCCUCCCUACUACUAAUCUUGGCCAGAUCGCUGGUACGUGGUUGGAGUUGGAGUACGGCAGCAGUAACAAUCCUGGUUUCUCCGGUGCCGAUGCCUCUUCGCUGGUUCCCGAGGAUUACGGCCUACCCUUCCAGGGCUUGACCAUCACCAGUGAGACCCCUGAACUUGUCUCAGGUUACGAGAAGAAGUCGGUCAUCUACCCUAACGGUGACGGCUGUAACGCUUUCCCCAAGGGUACCAAUGCCAAGGAUGGCUUUGGCUUCAACAUUGGCAACACACAGAAGGGCGGUGAUGCUAUCCGUCUGCAUGCUAAGUGGGGAACCACUGGCACUCUGGCCGACUGCCCCAAUGUCACUGAGGGCAAAGACAAUCUCGCGAAGAGCUGGCGCCAGACCCGUGCUUAG